UCUCUGAAUUCAUAUGACGCCGCCGUCAUUGACGCGUAAACAUGGAAGAGAAAGCAGUGAAAGAUUUGCGAAAACAUAAUUAAAUAAACAAAUACUUGUAAAAUAUGCAUUUAACGAUAGCUUAAGUAGAAAUGGAGCAGUCGGACGUGAAAAUGGAAAUUCUAAUUGGCACUGAGCCGCCUAAAAACACGGUAAGUGAUGAAGGCACUGCCAGUGAAAAAUCUGUUGCACGGGAUGAAGUGGGAGAAAAUCUCCAAAACGAAGAGACCCCAAUAGACGUGGCUAAAUCAAAGGUCGAAUUGCCAAUGCGGGAAUUAGCAGAAUCUUUUUCACAGCAUAAAUCGAUGCCAUCGCUGCAACCUGCGGCAACAGCUGUUUCAAAUGAGCAAACGCUAACCGAGCAGACGAUACCCGUGGAGGAAGAGGUAGCUGUAGAGGCAACUGACGACUCCUUUGAAGGCAACAAUGUUCCUACUACAACAUCUACUGGCGGAACACCCAGCUCGCCGAGCACGCCAAGGUUGCAAAUCACUGAUACUAUAGCGCAUAUUGAAUGCUUAGCCCAAAUUGAACGACAGCGGCAGAGUUAUGAACAACAACUGGAACAAUUACAGACUGCCCUGACGCAAAAAGAAAACAUGAUAACAUUAUAUCAGCGCGAAAAUGCCAUACUUGAUAAGGAAAAGAAUGCUUUUCGCAAAGAAAAAGAGUUGGCUAAUAAAGAAAAGGAGUCAACUGUUAUUAAGUUUGCAAUGAAAGAAAAAUUACUACUGGAUGCUAAGAAAGAAAAAGAAGCCGUGGAGAAGCAGCUAGCAGAUGCAAAAAAAGAAGUGAAAAAUGUGAGCAUACGCUUUCAGGCGCUGAAUGAAGAGAAAUCACGCAUGGCAUAUGUUAUAGACGAAAAGUGCAACGAAGUUCGCAGGUAUCAACGUGAAUGUGAAAAACUAAAAACUGAUUACACUCAUCUAGAGUCCAAGCUAAAGUAUCAUGCGAACAAAUUGAAUAUGGAAAUAGAAACGCGAAUGGCUUUGGAAAAGAAGCUGGAGGAAGAACGAAAUGCGCCUAAUAAACUUGAAGAAAAGGCCAAUGAAAACUUAAAAAUGGAGUAUGAAGCUAACACGAUUUUAUUAAAGCAUGAAAUUAAAAGCAAAACAGAUCAGUUGGAGCACUUAAGCAAAGAGUACAAUAAAUCAAAAGAGGAAGUCAAGCAGCUGCAAGAACAACUGGGCAAAGAAAUUUUGGAAAAAACUGAGUUCUCCACUGCUUUAGCGCACUUACAGGACGAACACAAUUCGCUCCAAAAUGCCUAUAGCGAAGAGAUGUUGAACUCUGCAAAAUUACGUGGUCAAUUGGAUGAGCUACAGGUGCUGAAAACCCAAAACACACUAAAUGAAGAGAAAAUCACAACGCUUUCUGAAGCCGCGCAAGAAAUGAGGGAAAAACUACAUGAUAAUGAACAAGAUUUAUACCAGUUGCGUGAAAGAGAAAAUGAACUGUUGAGUAUCAACAAAGAGAUGAGUGAAUCGAUUGUUGGCCUGCAAAAUGAGAUUUGUUUGUUAAAGUCGAAGGUGCAAGGCAUUGGCGCGGAAAAUGAUAUUUUAAGAAAAGAAAAGUUAGAUUACGACAACAAGUAUGAAAAGUUGUUAGCGGAUUUGAAAAAUGAGGCAGAAAAAAAGCGGGAGGAAAGACAAUUAUUUGCCAAGCAUCUUUCAGAGAAAACCAAAUUGUACGAGGUAACAAAAACUAAAUUAGAAAAUGUUGAAGGUGAUUUCGAGGCGACUAAGCAUAAGCAUGCCACAGUAAUAAAGGAACUUCAACGUGAAUUGCAAAAGUACAAAAAGUCCAUAGAGCGCGGAGCAAUUUCCGAAUCUUCAUCUACACGUCUAUAUUGUUCACAGUGCAGAAAUGGAAUUAAAAAUACCGUGGAAAAUAGCGAAGCUAUCGCACCUGCUAUCAAUGGAUUUGGGGAGAGUGGAACUGCUUUAACAACAAAACAUCGCACGCAUAGUCGUACGAGUAGUCAAAGUAGCCAGCCCAGCACAAGUCGGCGUCCAAGCGAGACUUCGGAGUCAGAAACAAUGGCCAGCAGCGUCACAACGGUACAGCAAGAUUUACAGGGACCAUCGAAAAAACAUUUGGUUGAACGCAUAUUGCGUUUGCAGCAGGCCUCGGCGCGGCAAACGGAAAAGAUAGAUUUUCUUGAAAAUCAUACACUCUCAUUGGUGGCAGAGUUGCAGAAAAAAUCCAAAGUUGUCCAGUAUUAUAUGCUGCGCGAUCAAGCAGGUGCACUUACCUCCACCAGAAGUGAUCAAAAUAAAUCCGAGUUAGCCAAAUAUGGCAAUGGUGUAAUGUCGGCUAUAUACAAUGGCAUAAAAGGUGAUACGAAAAGUAUGACAUUGGAGUUAUCUCUGGAAAUAAAUAAGAAACUGCAGGCAGUGUUAGAGGAUACGUUGCUCAAAAAUAUAACAUUAAAGGAAAAUCUGGAUGUUUUGGGGCUGGAAGUAGAUAACCUGACUAGAAAAUUAAGGCUCAUGGAGUCCAGGGAAUGACACAGACCCAUGUUUUAAAAAA